AUGACAACUAAAAAGCCUGGGAAAAGUAUGUGCAAGGAAAAGACUGUUGAUGGUGAUUAUGUGGAUUCAAGCACAGAUACAAAAAUGUCCGCGACUAGCGAAGGAACUCCUGCGAUGUUAGCGAAAGAAUCCAAGACUUAUAAUUUUGUUGUACGUACCAUAUGGACCAUGAUAAUGAUUAGUGGGUUCUUUGUGACGCUUGCUUUGGGUCAUUUCUGGUGUGUUAUGUUAAUCUUGGGUUGCCAGAUAGCGACAUUUAAAGAAUGUAUUGCGGUUACUGGGCAAUCGGGACGGGAGAAGAAUUUGCCAUUGACUAGAACACUGAAUUGGUAUUUUUUAUUUACUACUAUUUAUUAUUUGGAUGGUAGGUCGCUUUUAAAAUUCUUUAAGGACAAUUCUAUGAACUAUGGGCUGUUUAGUUUUGUUGCUUCCAACCACAAGUUUAUUAGUUACUGUUUAUACGUUCUCGGGUUUAUUGUAUUUGUUUGCAGUUUGAGAAAAGGGUUUUUAAAGUUUCAAUUUGCAACUUUAUGCAUCACACAUAUGGUGUUAUUGCUCGUCGUUUUCCAGGCACAUUUAAUUAUUAAUAAUGUGCUAAAUGGGUUAAUAUGGUUCCUUUUGCCUUGUGGACUUGUUAUUGUUAAUGACAUUUUUGCGUACUUAUGUGGAAUUACCUUUGGUCGCACCAAGUUAAUUGCAAUCUCACCUAAAAAGACCCUAGAAGGCUUUAUAGGUGCAUGGUUUUUCACUGCACUUGCUUCAAUUGUAUUGACCAGGUUGUUAACCCCGUAUUCAUACAUGACGUGCCCUGUGAGAGAUAUUCACACGAACUUUUUCACUCCAUUGAACUGCGAUAUCAACCCAGUGUUCAUUCCUCAAGAGUAUAGGCUACCUCCAAUCUUAUUUGAACGUUUCGACAUUCUUUCAAUCACCAUAAAGCCGAUAUAUUUGCAUGCUUUAAACCUUGCAACUUUUGCGUCUCUCUUCGCACCUUUUGGUGGAUUUUUUGCAUCUGGAUUAAAGAGAACAUUUAAAGUUAAGGACUUUGGCCAUUCAAUUCCGGGACAUGGUGGUAUUACCGAUAGAGUUGACUGCCAGUUUAUGAUGGGAUCUUUUAUGAACUUGUACUUUGAGACAUUUAUAAAUGAAAAAAGAAUAACGGUAGAAACUGUAUUAUCAACUAUCAUAAUGAACUUUGAUGAACGUCAAAUCAUACAGUUAAUCGACUCUUUGAAUCACAUUUUAUUCAACAAUGGCAGCAUUUCAGAAGGAGUCUUUCAAAGACUUUCUAAAUUGUACGAUCUUUAA